ACGGAUGGACAAGGAAAAAAGAACGCGUUGACGUUGAGUCACCCCUGAGCAGCGUAACCGUUAGAUAGCUGACAACAAACUGAAAUGACGCCGGAUAUAUCUGAGUGAUUAAAUGCGCUUUUUCAGUUACGAUAUCAGCUCAAAACUUGGAGAUAUACUGUCUCAGAAGACCGUGUUGACAAAAUGAUGGAGGAAAUCGACAGAUUUCAGGUCCCACCAGUGAACUCGGAGAUGCAGCCGCUGGAUCCAGCAGCGACAUCCACAUUAGAGGCUGACUCAGAAACAAGAGAGGUCGAAUCCGUGCCCAUCAACUACAAGCCUUCUCCACUGCAAGUGAAGAUCGAGAAGCAGAGAGAGUUGGCCAGGAAGGGCUCGGCGAAGAACGGAACGGUGGGCAGCCCGGUCAAUCAGCAGCCCAAGAAAAACAACGUUAUGGCCAGAACACGGUUGGUUGUUCCUAAUAAAGGUUACUCAUCUUUAGACCAGAGUCCUGACGAGAAGCCCCUGGUAGCACUGGAUACAGACAGCGAUGAUGAUUUCGACAUGUCUAGAUACUCAUCGUCAGGAUACUCCUCCGCCGAGGUGAGAUCUGUGAGGGACCAGCAAAUCAACCAAGACCUGAACAUCCAGCUGCUGAAAGACGGCUACCGUCUGGAUGAAAUCCCGGAUGAUGAAGAUCUCGAUCUGAUUCCUCCUAAAUCAGUCAACCCUACGUGCAUGUGCUGCCAGGCGACCUCCUCUUCAGCCUGUCAGAUCCAGUAGCCCUGUAUUCAUUACCCCCUCUUUCCCAGACCCCCUGUACUGUGAGUUUAACUCACCGCUCGACUUUAACCCUCGAGUAACUACUAAAAUAAAUAAAAUGGCUAUCCUACAACUAAUAUAGGGAAAAAAAUAUCAGAAGGAGAUGCAGAAGUAAUGAUAAGUCAUUGGUUCCUCCUAUGGUAGGACAUAGUGUUGGUAUCACCACCAGAGGGAGUUAGAUAUAGUUAGAUAAGUGUAUUGUAUGUAUAGGAUGCAUUGACAUGAAAAUGAAUGCAUAUUUUAAAAGGGAGAAAGGAGUAACACGUUUAUUUGUAAAACAUUACACACAGUUAUUCUGUAAAAUCUAAAAAAAAGCUUCUGUUACAGCUUCUCGUUUCUGUUUUUUUUAUGUCUUGAUGCACAAUGAUGUUUAGAUAUUGGUAUGUGAGGAAGAAAAUUAGUUGUUGUUGUUGUUGUUUCCCCAAAAUGCUGUCCUCUGUCUUAGGUAAAUUUAUUUCUGAUCCAUUAAUUUGUGUACCAAAUUGCACUCACUGGCUACUUUAAUAGGAACACCUGUACCCCUGUUAAUUCCAGCAAUUAUCCAUUCAGCCAAUCAUGCGGCAGCAGCGCGAUGCAUAGAAUGCAUAUAAGUGCAGAUACAGAUCAAGCGCUUUAGUUAAUAUUCACAUCAAACAUCAGAAUGGUGAUAUUGUGAUAUUGUGAAAUGUGAUCUCGGUGACAUUGACCUUGGCAUUGUUUGUUGGUGCCAGAUGGGCUGGUGUGAGUAUUUCAGAAACUGCUGAUCUCCUGAGAUUUUCACACACUAGAAUUUGCACAGAAUGUCUCUACAGUUUACACAGAAUGGUCUGAAAAACUAAAAACAUCCAGUUCUAUGCGCAGAAACACCUUACUGAUGAGAGAGGUCAGAGGAGAAUGGCUAGACUUGUUCGAACUGACAGGAAGUCUACCGUAACUCACCACUCUUUACAACCGUGGUGAACAGAAAAGCAUCUCAUAAUGCACAAUUGAACAUCGCUUGGUCUUUUUGUCUAGUUUCAUUUUCAAGAUCUGCCACUCUGACCUCUCUCAUCUCUCAUCUCUGCACCAAGAAAUACCACUCACUGGAUGUUUUUUGUUUUUCACACCAUUCUGUGUAAGCUCUAGAGACUGUUGUGUGUGAAAAUCCCAGCCCAUCAAAGCCCAUCAAGCAGAACCAAGUCACUGAGAUCACCUUUUUUCCCCAUUCUCACAUGUAUCACAUUUUUCCCCCACCUCUUGACAUGUAUCUGCAUGAUUUUAUUCAUUGCUCUGUUGCCACAUGAUGGGCUGAUUGGAUGAUUGCAUGAAUAAACAAUUGUACAGGUGUUCCUAUUAAAGUGGCGAUAGGUGUGGUACAUUAAAACGAUAUCAAGGUUUUCAUCUACCAAAAUAAGGACAGUUGAAUUCUGCCAGUGAUUGCAUGGUAGAGCUUGAAGAGUAAUUUAAUUUAAAUUGCAACAGCACACAAAUGAUGAUGGGAAAUGAAAUGUACUAAUUAAGUAAUUAAGAUCAUCAUUCAUUCACUGUUCAGACUUGACAGAUGCUUUGGAUAGAAAUAUGUGCCGUUAUUUUUAAUUUUUUUAAAUUAUUUUUUAGAUGCUGCUUGUCUUGUUACUUACACAAACAUCUGUUUACCGCUGCAUGACGGAGAUGAUGUGAAAUUAAGGGAAUGAGAAAUGGAUUUUCAAGACUGACUUCUUCUGAUUUAUAUGUGCCGUACUAACAGAAUUAGUUAGCAUUUCUUACUACAAAAUGUAACUGUGUAGGACGUUAUAAAUAACACUGUGUCCGGGUUUAUUGCACAAAUACAUAUCAUGUUACUCAAACUAAACGACAAAACUUUCAGAUUUUUACUUUUUUGUGUGCCAAAAGCACAUUAUCACAAGUUUAUAACGAGAAGUUACAUUGUUACAGCUAGAUCCGGUAUUCGGAGGUGCCAAUAUUUACGGUUUAGCCAUAGCAUUUAUGAUUUCUGACUCCUCACUACAGUGAUACCUGAGACUAAACGUUUCUGAAGACUACACGUCUCUCCUUUUUUGGCUAAAGUUGCGCACAGACCAAACACUAAUAUAAAGCCAAUUCACUGAAGGGGAAAGGACCAGGGAUGUAAAAAAAAAAAAAAUUAUUAUUAUUUUUUUUUUUUUUCUUUGCUCUGACUUUAUGUGAGUGAACACUGACCUGUGAAUUCACAAGCCUCAAGUUCAUGAGCCAACAGAAAACAAAUGGGCGGGACUUUUCCUUUUUGCUAGAAUUAUCUUGUUAGCAAUGUUGGCACCUCUGCAGUAUGAAUUUAUGACUACUUCCCAUAUGACAGGUUUUCAUCUGACCAGCUUCCUUUUUUCCUUUUUUAACAUUUGUCAAAAUAUGUUCUCACUUUUAGCCAAUAUGUUGCUUUUAGCCAAAGACUAGUGAAUUAUUUCUCGUUUGGACUGUGAUCUGGACCACGACAGUGUGACCGAAAAACACUUUUUGCGACACGAAAAAGAUUUAGCGCCACUAUAUAAUACAAUAUAAGCAGAAAUUGAUACUUCUUUAAGAUUCAAAAUGCAGUACUGUUGAUGUACACAGUAUUAUUAUUAUUUAAAAAAAAAGUAAUAUUAACUAUAUAGUACUACAUAGUAAUAUGUAAUGGCGCCCAAAUGAUGCUGUUAUACACAACCCAGGCACAAACACUCCAGUUUUUCUAAAUAUGAUAUACUGCUUUAGAGUAAUAUAUGAAGGGAAGUAACUGACUUUUAUACAUACUGUUUAACUUGUGUAGACUUGGCAUGCUAAUUAAAGGACUAGAAUGGUUCUUCAGCAAAGAUCAGAACGAUGAGUUGCUAAUAGGACUAGUGAGUAGUGAAUAGGAUGAACAUAAACUCAUCGAAGUGCCCGUUUAUGAUGUGUUUACACUCAAAUCUACUUUCAGUAUCUGCUUAGGUACUGUGUUAUCUAUCAAAUCCUAAGUAAGUCCUAAUUUUAAAGCUAGAAAUGGUCAACUCCAUAUUUUUGAAUUGCAUAUUUAUUAUUAGCAGUAGUUAGGACACUGUAAUUUGCUGUUUUUCUUUUUUAAAAUCGACACACAUCUACACCUGAGUAUGUGUAACCUGUAUUUUGGAAUUGCUUUGGCUGUAAAUCAAGCCUCAAGCGCUCCUCUUUGUUUUUCAUCCGUGAUCCAUCGUCAUGUUCCUCUCCUGGUCUGCUGAAUUAGAGUAUGCCUUAUGUCAGUGUCUGUAGAACAUAUUAUUUAUUGCUUGUGGUUUGUUUUAAUUUAUUGAAACAAAUGAGAAAGUAUGCAUUUUUAACAAAGACAUAUUGUUUUGGGUUUUUUUUUUUUAUUAUUAUUAUUAUCCUGAUCAAUAUCAUGACUGUACAAAUGUGAACAGUUUCCAUACCAGUAUUUAACAAUGUUGUAGUGUAGCAUAUCAAUAAAUACAUCUGGCACAUAA